AUGACAUCCUCAAUACCAAAAGCGUCAUCGUCACGACAACAAUAUCUCACACAGCGGCAAUCAGCUAUUUCUGUGGUCGAAGGGACAGAGAGAGACCUUAGCUUGCUAGGGGAUUGGGCGGCGCACUUUGGGAUUGUGGGGAGCGAAGGAUUUGGUUUGGAGCCGACUUUUGCAAGUUAUGGGCACAACAAUGACAAUCAAAACUGGGCCGCCCAAGCCAUUCAAGCCAUGCCAAAGGACCAUGCAGUGAUACAGGUACCAGCUCAUAUAAUCUUGUCAUCAGUGGUGGUGCGUCAAGAACUAGGGGACAGCAUAAAGCCUGCGCUACAGUAUUUGGAAAACAAGGGGAUUGGCCAUCAGAGGGGACAGUUCUUACUCUUUUGUAAGAUGCUCCUAGAAUAUGAGAAAGAAGACCAAUCGUACUGGUAUGCCUGGAUGAAUUCAUUACCUCGAAAUUUUUACACAGCCGUGUCCAUGGACGAUUUUGAGAUUUCUUGUCUGCCGCCCUUUCUAUAUUCCUUGAGCAUGAUGGAUCGGAUCCACUUUUCAGUCUUUCUCGAAGCACUACAAACUGUCAACAUCCUGCAGAAGGACGAAACUCUCCAAGACAUAGACUUGCUCAAGUGGGCAUUCAAUUGUGUGUAUACUCGAUGUUGGGGUCUGGAUGAGGAUCGCUGUGACAUUGUGCCCAUGGCUGACAUGUUUGAUCAUGCUUGGCCAAGCAACAUCGUAGUGGAGUACGACGACAACCAAAAUUGCGUUGUUCGAUUAAAGGAAGAUGUGCAGGCAGGUCAACCCCUACGCAUGUCGUAUGGGAUGCCAACGAAUCCCGCACGUCUAGUUGCCACCUUUGGAUUCUUUGACGAGUCGCCACCUGCAACCUAUUGCAAAAUCUUGGCACGGAAUCCCUCCAAAAAGCUCGUUGACGUCGGAUACGAUACUGCUAGAAUGGUAUUUUACACGGCAGAUGGUGGGAUAAGCGAAGAAUGCUUCGAUGUUGUGUUAUACAAUUUGUUGGAAAAGUUGCCCAAUGUCCAGGAAACCUUUUAUCAGGCACACAUGUCAGGAGAUCAGGGCACCAAGGUGGAGAUACAGCGGCAAUACCUCUUGGAAACCUGCACCUCUCUCAAACUGCACGUAGAUGGUGUUUUGCGCGAGUUGGAAUUGCUGAGGACGCGCAUUGAUGGACAAGACAUGUCUUUGCACCCCAGGUUGCCCAUGAUUCGACGGCACAAUGAGUGCGUCUGGGACACUUUUACCAAGGUCAAGGGCCGAUUAGAUACAAUGAUACGGAACGAAACGGAACGGCGACGAAAUGAACAGUGA